UCGGCGAGUCAAAGUGUCCGAGUGAUUUUUGCUUGUAUAGUUUAACAACAGUUUUUUAAAACGAGGAUAAAUUCCUUCUGUGCAACUACAUAAAGUGUAUUAAAUAAAAAUUUAUUGAAUAUAAUCGAUCUGGGUAAACGGUUACUGUUUUGGUAAAUUUUGCGCGCCAUGGCUCGUGAUCACCCGUAUAGUCGCAGUUUAGAGAAAAGUACUAUUACUUCAAAGCUUAAAACUUUUGCAAAUAACAAUUCGAUUCAGAACAAUAGUAUUCUAAAAAAUAUAACACAGACAAUUGCCAAUAAUAGGCAAAACCUUCAAGUUGUACAGCUUCUUCCUUCAAGUGUAUCUGAUUUUGGCUCAAAUCUAGGUCAACAAAUUCAACAACAGUUGAAAAUUCAUCAAACAGCCUCGUCUGCUUCUCAAAAUAUAAAUGAAGAACAAAGUCUUAAAUUACUAUAUAUUGACCAGAAUAUGUACGAAAAAAUUAAAUUGGAUUUAAAAAAUAGAAUCAUUUCAAAGGAUGGAUCUGAACGAUCCAAUUUAUUAUACAAAGUUAUUUCAAAUCAAAAUGUAACAGAGAAGAAAGAAAAGGCAAGGGAUACAACAAAAUAUAUUGGUGAACAACCCAUUAUUGAUGUUUCACAGACACCAACGUUUAUACACAUGCAUUCAGCAGCAUUGAAUUUGUGUGAUAGCUUAUCCGUUAAUAGUAUUAUUAAUCAAAAUCAGUACGAAGAAUGUAAUGGAAUAUAUCCAGUAGCUUUAGUAAAAAGGAGUGAACAAAUACAUUCAAUAGCAUCAAAUAUUUGUGAUAGUUUAUCUAAUAAUAAAAAUAUAAAUAAAAGUCAACAAACAGAAUGUGAUCAAAUAUAUCCAGUAGCAUUAAGAAUAAGUGGAAAAGAAAGUAAAACUAAACUGUUUGUGGAUAAAAGUAAAAUUAUUGGAACUGAAGAUUUCAUUCUUGGUUUAUAAGAAUAAGAAUCAUUAUUUUAAUACUAUUCUUAAUAACUAUUAGGGUAAAUAAAAUUAUAAUUAUUUAUUAUUUUGUGAAAAGAUAGAAUUCAUUUUCUGUUGUUAAUUGACAUAAUGAGUCAUAAGAAGUAAGCAAAAAGAUAUGUUUCAAUAAUUUGACAGAUCUUCUAAAAAUAACUUAGGAAUUCUUUUCAGCACUAAUCGAUUGUUUCGGUGUAAUGUUAUAAAUAUUUUACAUAGGAAAUAAUUUAUUUAGGUAAUUCUGAAUAUUGAAUUGUAAAGAUUAUCAUUUAUAAUAUUUAUAAUUGGUUUUUAAUUCUACCCAUUAAGUAGAGAGAAGUGAUUAAAUUUAAUCAAAGAAAAAAUUAUUGUUUUGAUUGCUUUGUUCAAAAACAGAAUUUGUUUAUU